CAGCUUUAAAGUGGUGCCAUGUUGUAGUGAAAGAAUCCUCCAUUGACAUAAACACUCUUGACGCAGCGCUUCAUCGACGUAAAUGUUUUAAAAUUAAGGAGGUGGGACUCGUGAUCCAAACAGCUGAGUCGGCAAUCUUCUAACUAAAAUAGAUCUCAAGAGUAGAGUCCUCAAAGUUACAUAAUUCAUUCAAGCCCGAUCAUUGCUGUAGGUUUGGAUUCGCGGGGUGUAUCGUCGGAUCGGAUGGGUGCUCCUUGAGGCGCAAUCUCAGCAGCGCCUUAGACGAUCACAAGACUUGGACAUCCGUGGAAAAAAAUCCCCCUGAUAGGUCAGCUAGAAGCUCCCGAACCCGAAGAUUCUUCUUCAGUUCUCCGCGUUUGACAUCCAACAAGUUGCUCCUUUUGGAAAAGUGUUCCACGGCGCGCCGUUACGCUGCGCUCUGACGCACUCCAUGUUCGGUUUUUUUCCCAUGGACUUUCUAGCGAGGCGCGUUUUCUAAGACUUUAAAUUCGCAUUUUUCUGUAAGAUAAUCUUUUUCUAAUCAUUAUUUAAGAUCAAUUGAAGUGGACAGUAAAACUGAAGUCGAAAUGCUUCGGUGCGUAAAGGAGUUGCGCAUCUCAAAGUGAGCGAAUGCCGCUGGAAGAAAUCACACCGAAGAUGUCGACUGUGCUUUACCACCCACUCGAAAUCGAUUAUAUUACCUUCAAGAAGGUGGCUCUGCGUAUAAAUAAGAAGGCAUUAUUUCAAAAAAGACAGCGUUGAGCACAAUCUGCGGGCGGUUCUUCUCUCCUGUUGCGCAAAGGAUUCCUGGAAGAAUUUGGUCAAGACGACUGUCCUCUUUGCAGGACAUAAGAAGAUUUAACUUCUAAAGUGACAGUAAAGCCAUGCAGGUGGAGAGGAAAUGGCACAUACUGUUGACUGUCUUUUUUCUGCUCAUCACCUCGGGCCAGUGCAUGGACAGCAGAGAGGUCAGGCAGAAAGAAAGAAAGACCCUGUUGGACCUAAUCUUACAGGUGAUCAGAGAUAGCCAGCAGCGGGACAAACCCCUGUCCAGGCGCUGCGGCGGCGGACACCACACUUCAACACAAGACAUGAAGUACUCCUCCCAUGAGAAGCCUUUCUAUGUCCCCAGGCUGGAUAACAGUAGACUCAUAGAUAUAGUUCCCCGAGAGGCAAACAUGAAAGACAAGUUCAUCCAGCAUUUCGGAGCAGGACAAGUCAAGUUCUCAUCGGAGUGUAAAACGCACUUUCAUAGACUUUAUCACAAUACAAGGGACUGCUCAAAACCAGCUUAUUACAAAAGAUGUGCAAGAUUGCUAACAAGACUAGCAAUGAGUCCUCUCUGCAUCCAGUCAUAGAAGUUGCAUGUCCCAUCAUAGUGGAAGAGGGAUUGUUGCCAAGCAAGUGCCUUCAAAUGGACAGCAGUCAUGAGAAAAUUGUUGUUGUAUUUCAUUUUGUUGUUCUUUUUUGUCAUUAAAAAAAAAAGAUGGACACUUUGCUGGUUAAUAUUGGACCUGUAUGCACCAUGUAUUUGCAAAGAAAUAUUAACUUAACAUUAAAUGCACCUAUUUAUUGACAGGGUAUGUAUAUACUGGUUUAAACAAGUGGGAUUGUUUUUGUUAUGAAAGCUUCACAUUGAGAGGAAACAUUUUUUUUCCACACUUCCUGUUACGUUCCUGUCACAGUUUUUUGUUUUUUGCAUUUAAUUUGGCACUUGAGUGAUUGAAAGUGAGAAACGACAACAAUUGUUGGAAUGCACUGCAGUACUGAAUAAAGAAUAUUUAAGCACAGA